AUGACUUACAUUCCAUACAUAAUUGUCGUUGCUUCAUAUGUCAUCUACAAAUUACUCCAUUAUGUUCAACUUCAACAACGUGCUAAAAAACUAGGAUGUAAACCAAUCAAACAUAUCCCGCCGCGUAAUUGGCUAGACAGGAUUGGAAUAUAUGAAAUAGUCCAUCGAAAAGAAUUGAUGCAAAUGGGUAAAACUUUUGAACUUCUUGAACAAGCAUUUGCUAGAGCUCAAGCAAAGACGUUCCAAGGUAUGGCUCUAUUCCACCCCUUUAUCAUGACUAUUGAACCAGAAAAUUUACGUCAUAUGAUGUCGCUGGCCCAUUUCAAUGAAUGGAAUAUUGGAUAUCGUCCCAAGGCAUUUGGGAUCUUGUUGGGAGAUGGGAUAUUUUCCAGUGAGGGAACACAAUGGAAACAUUCACGAGUCAUGUUACGUCCUUCAUUCACUAAGGAAAAUAUUAAACAGAUUACCAAGAUGGAACCUUUUGCUGCUAGAGUUAUCGAAUUGGUUAAACUGAAACAAGGGGGUGUUGUCGAUAUGCAAGAUGUAUUCCAAUUUUUUACUAUGGAUUUCACAACUGAUUUGUUAUUGGGUGAAAGCAGUGAUUCGCUAAAGGAUGCGUUGGGUCAACCAUCUCAAACUGGUAUAGACCCGGAAUUGAAACGACAAUUUAGUAUUGCGUUUGACGUUUCGUCAAAUUAUCUAAUGACGAGAAUGAUUUUAGGACCAUUGAUGUUUUUGGUGAAUCCUAAGAAAUUACAAGAUGCCAUACAUACACAACAUAAAUUUGUUGAUUAUUACAUUGAAAAGGCUCUUGCUAUGAAUACCGAUGAAUUGAAUGAAAAAUCCGACGAUGGAACUAUUUUCCUCUAUCAAUUGGCCCAUGAAACUAAAGAUCCCGUCAAUUUACGUAAUCAAAUCUUGAGUAUCAUUCUCGCCGGUCGUAAUACAACUAGUGGAUUAAUGACGUUCUUAUUUGCCCAAUUGAGCAAACACCCUGAGAUUUAUGCUAAAUUACGUGAUAUAAUUCGGUCAGAUUUCCCCAAUGUUGAAUCCAUAACGUUUGACUCAAUACAAAAUUGUGAUUAUUUACGCUGGUGUAUUAAUGAAACUUUAAGAAUCAAUCCUUCGGUACCAUUUGAAUCCAAAACUGCAUCAGUUGACACAACUUUACCUCGUGGUGGAGGGCCCGAUGAAAAGUCGCCCAUAUUCAUCGCCAAGGGAACAAGAAUUGUUUAUUCACUUUGGGUGGGUAAUAGAAAUGAAGAAUAUUUCGGUGAAAACACCGGCGAAUUUAUACCUGAACGAUGGGAAAAAUUACCCCGUAAUGGCGGUGUUGCAUUUAUGCCUUUCAGUGUUGGACCCCGUGCUUGUCUUGGCCAAUCUUUGGCGUUAACCGAAGCGGCAUAUAUGACUAUUCGAUUAUUACAAACUUUCGAUUCGUGUGAAUCUCAUCUUGGUCCGGAACCCUUGAGGAAAACGUCGUCUGCUACAAUGAGAUUAAUGGAUGGUUGUAAUCUCUGCUUUACUUGA